AGUAGAUCAAUAUACUCCACCAUAACACCAAACUGAACGCUGUUCUUCAGUUCAGCCCCUAUCCGGGCCGCGCGUGCGAUGCUGCUCGUAGCUCUAAUAUUUCUCCUCUCCUUGCCGGCGCCAUCGGCCGGCGGGAACCGGUCGUUCUGCACCGAUGCCGACGGCACGCACAAGCCAAACAGCACCUACAGGUCUAACCUGCGAUCCCUCGCCGAUGAGCUUAUCGCCAGAGCCACCAAGUCUCACUCGGCCACUGGCAUGUCCGGCGGCGCGAGCUCCGACAAGGCCUACGGCGCCGUGCUUUGCCGAGGUGACUCCACCGGCGCCGACUGCGGCAGGCUCCUCCGGGAGGCCUUCGAGAGCACCAUCAACGCCGUAUGCGCGCUCCACAGGGACGUGGCAUUCUACUCCGAGCUGUACCAGCUUCGGUUCUCCGACAAGGACUUCCUCUCCACCUUCAGCAACGCGCCGGAGUGGGUCGACGGCACCAACCUGAACCUCGUGCCAGACGCCGAGGCCGGCCAGUUCGACGAGGUAGUCGCCGAGCUCACGAGAACGCUGGCGGAGGCCGCUGCGGAGCAGCCGGACAGGUACAAAACGGCAGAUGCGCCAUGGCCGUCACGGGAAAGGGAGCGGAGGGUCUACGGGCUUGCGCAGUGCACGCAGGACAUGCCGCCGGACCGCUGCCGCGUUUGCCUGUAUGCCAUCGCCGCGGAGAUCCGACGGAAGAUCGGCAGUGGCAAGAUGGGCGGGGCCAUUCAUGGCGCCCAGUGCACGCUCCGGUACGAGACGGACACCCAGUUCUUUGCCACCACAGGGCAACGGGAGGACCAUGCACUCUUGAUCAUUGGUACAGUUUACUCGCUUUCGGUCAUCUGUACACGCUUACUUUUCUGGCUCCUGUGUAUCAUCAGAAGACGAAGAAAAGGAGGGGAAACGAACUCAAUGGAGCAGCGCGAGAACAUGGAUGAAGUACUGAGGCUUUGGAAGAGCGAAGAUACCAAUUCUGAGUUCUCCUUGUAUGAUUUCGCACAAAUUGCAGAUGCUACAGACAACUUCUCAUCCAGCCAAAUAUUAGGAGAGGGUGGGUUUGGACCAGUUUACAAGGGUGUUUUUCCUGGCGGACAGGAAGUAGCAAUAAAAAGACUCGCCGCACGGUCAAGACAAGGUCUAGUGGAAUUCAAAAAUGAGAUCCAACUGGUGGCAAAACUUCAGCACAGACACCUCGUUAGGCUGCUUGGUUGUUGCGUCCAUAAUGAAGAGAAGAUAUUGAUUUAUGAAUACAUGACAAACAAAAGCUUGGACUACUUCAUUUUUGAUCCAAUCAGAAGGACAUCACUAAACUGGAAGAUACGGAUGAAAAUAGUUGAAGGAAUAGCCCAAGGGCUUUUAUACCUUCACGAGCAUUCAAGACUGCGUAUCAUCCAUAGGGAUUUGAAAGCAGGCAAUAUUCUGUUGGACGUCGAGUUAAUUCCUAAGAUUUCUGAUUUUGGCAUGGCAAGGAUAUUCCCAUCAGAUGCCACUCAAACAAAAGCAAGCAGACUUGUUGGAACGUAUGGUUACAUGGCUCCUGAAUAUGCAUUUGAGGGCCUUCUAUCUAUCAAGUCAGAUGUUUUCAGUUUUGGGGUACUGCUUCUUGAGAUUAUAAGUGGAAGGAGGAGUGCAGGCUUCCAGCACUACGGAGAAUUUCAAAAUCUUCUUCAAUAUGCAUGGCAAAUGUGGAAAGACAAGAGAUGGAAUGAAUUCAGUGAUCAAUCAUUUGGCGAUGAAUGCAAACCAGGAGAUAUGAUGAAAUAUCUCACUUUGGCACUAAUGUGUGUCCAAGUGAAAGCAAUAGACCGUCCCACUAUGUCCAAUGUUGUUACAAUGCUUAACAGCGAUGAAAUUUCCAUACCAGAGCCGAGGCAACCAGCUUAUUCCUAUAUCAGAGCAGAUGUGUCAGUAAACGUCAAUGUAUCAUGUAGCAGAAAUGAUGUAACCCUCACCACUGUUGAUGGUAGAUAAAUGAUCAUUCAUUCAUUAGCAAACUGUGUGACUACUUUCUAUUGGCAUUGGGUUUUCUUGCGUUAACUAAUUAGGCAGGAUAUAGUUUAUAUUCCAUUGUUGCCAUAAGAAAUUCGCCCACUUGUCUGUCACUGCAUAUGAAUAACAUGAUUUUUCAUGUC